AUGUCCCGCCCCGGCGCUCCUGGCUCUAAAGACCCAGGUACGUCCGAUGUCCCUUCCUCUGCCUCUAUACCCCCAACAUGGGAAGCUCUGCAGGCCAGUAGGCCCGUGAAGAUGCGCUUCCGGCUUCUGCCGUCGGUACACACUCUGCCGCCAGCUGCUGCUGCUGCUGCGUUGCGGAGGAGGAGACGCGAAGGAACUGGGCCUGUGGGGACUGAAGGUGUUGAUGCAAGGAUCGAGCUAACGGCUGCUUUCGAGCUACAGCUGCCUGGCUCUGGCCAAGUCGACGAGGACAAUGCCUCGUCUGUCCUCUCUUCCUCCUCCUCUCCGCUGACAAUCUCCUCGUCUAGCACUCUGCGGAUCCUCCGCCUACUCUCCCCGACUCUCACACGAGACGUCCUCUCCUCCUCAACGGGCUCGCAGCCUCUGAUCAAUCUCGAUGCCCUCCUCCUUGCUCUCGGCAUCUCUCCACUGCACGGCCUACUUCGCCUGAGGCUCAGUCGAUUCAAAGGAGACUUUGAGCUCGACCUGCCUCGCUCUGGCGCUGCGAGUGGUGCUGGGGAGGAGUGGAAGCGGGGGAUUUGGGUCUCGCUUCGCACUGCGAGGAGGGCGGUGAAGGAGCUGUCCGGUGCGGGGAACGCAGGCGAUAGACUAGGGGAGGAAGGCCUGCGCUUCUUCGGAGCCUUCCUGGCGUGGGGCAGCAGAGAGGCUUGGAGUCUAGACGAAGGAGAGGAGGAGGGGAGAAUGUCUCAUAACUGGAUCCCUUCUCCCACCCCGCUGCAGCCCUCCUCGAGCCUAUCCACCUCCUCUCUCCUCAGAGCUAGCAUCUCCUCCCUCACGCUUCUCCCUCGCUCUAAUCCCACCGUGGCGACCUUUUUGUCGCAGUCCCAGCGCCAAGAGCUGCUGCAAGAGCACGAUGAGCGUGAUAGGUCCAGAGAAGGGCACGUGGAAAGAGCGCGGACUCGGUUAAGGCGUUGGACGGUAGACCUGCUCGAAGCCAUCGAGGUGUGGAGGGAGGACUGGCCUGAAGAGGACCGAGAAGAGUCUUCGAGAAAUGAGCAAAAGCAGACGACUGCAAUUGCGAAGACGGACACCUCGCGACGACUGCUUGGCGCUGUGCCUGCGGAGGCGAAGGACUGGCGAGAGGCUUCGCUUUCGCAAUUGCUGCCGAUCCUCUCCAGCCUCGAAGAGGAAGUCGGGGGAAGCUACAGCGGCGGCAGUGCAUCGUCCGCUGCCGUUCCUCAGGCCUCGGCGGAGCCCUCGUAUCUACAGCCAUACCUGCCCAGCAACCUUCCAGAAGAGCUCAAGGUGCAGCUCCAACUAGUCGAGCAUCUCUGGACCGUCUCUGAACGACUGCACAGCUACUCUGCAAGCCAUCCGGACCAUACUCCGCCCACCCAGCUCAAUCAGUCCGUUUCCUCAGAGGUGGAGGCGAAACAUGUCUCAACUACCUCCGCAGGGCUCCGUCCUGCUUCACCUACAUCGUCCUCCACGGCAGUCAGUCCUGCUUUCGAUCAAUCGCCUGCAUCUGCUGACAAAACGCAGCUUCAGACCCGGCCUAGAACCUCGCUAAGCUUGGAUGGAGAUCACUCGGUCGUGACAGGUGGGCCUGUGACCCGCCCUACCGACCAUCAAGUCGUCUCUUCUGGCGUACCCCAAGCUAUGCGCGACGGGUCCCUGAUGGCAGUCAAGAUCGGCCUGCUGGGCAACUGGAUCAGGUUCACGUUUACUAUUGGUCCGGAUCCCGAAAAGCGUGACAAGGAUAGCAGCGUAAAAGCAGGAGGGACGGCAGGAGCGCAAGGGAGGAAAAGGGAGACUACGAAGAGGACGCCGGGGUAUAAUGGUCGAGGGGCUGAAUGGAGCUCAAAUAGUGCACUGAGCUGGGCACUGGGCGCUUGUCUUGUUGCGGUCAUUGCCGUGGUGGUGGGAUUGAUCACACCGGCUAUGGGCUCGUCUGCGAAGUCACGGCCUAUUGUAGCAUAA